AUGCAUCCAAACCGAGCCGGCACAACCUUAGUUUCACGCUCGCAUAUUAUAUGGUUAGUGUUAGUACUUCGUAGCACCCCUUUUCUGUGUCCCAACUUGUAAGUUACUCCAUCUAACGCACCGCUUUGACCCUUUCUUCCCGUCGCCGGUUGCCGGCAUAACAUGUUUUGACGGCGCAUGAAUUCCAUCGAAUCAUGCGGCGCUUCCGUACCAGAGAUCCGGUCGUUCUCCGCACUUUCAGAUGAUUCUGUCUCUGAAGCCGGAAAUCAGAUAACGAGAAAUUCCUUAUUUUCUGGUUAUGGUUUUCCAGUUGAUGUACCAAAUGGGUGUAUGUCCAGUGAAGGGAUGAUUAUUUAGUAUAAGGUGAUUACAGAUUUUAAUUGGAAGUCAUAGAUUUGAUGGAAAGCAUACAGAUAUAGAGAUUAGUGGCAUGCACUUGUUGGGAUGUACUUUGUGGGUGUGGGUUGCUUAUGAAGGGAUUGUGAAGGGUUUUUGUUGGGAUUCACUGAAGGUUUAUUGACAUGACAAAGAAAAUACGUUUGGAUUGUUCCUUGCAGGAGGAUGAAGAGAAAGUGAAUAAUAGCUUUGUUGAAUUGGAUACAAGGGAAGGAGUGAAUGAUGGUUUUCCUAGAGUUGGACCAAAUGAUUCGCUUCUUCCUGGUCUUUUUGAUGAUGUUGCGCUGAAUUGUCUUGCUUGGGUUAAUAGAUCGGAUUAUGCUUCACUAGCAUGUAUAAAUAAAAGGUACAACUUGCUGAUUAGGAGCGGGUAUCUAUUUGAGUUGAGGAAGAAGUUGGGGAUUGUGGAGCUAGAGCAUUUGGUUUAUUUGGUUUGUGAUCCAAGAGGGUGGGAGGUGUUUGACCCCAAGAGGAAUAGAUGGAUAACAUUACCUAAGAUACCUUGUGAUGAGUGCUUUAAUCAUGCAGACAAGGAGUCCUUGGCUGUGGGGAGUGAAUUGUUGGUUUUUGGUCGGGAAAUGAUGGAUUUUGCCAUUUGGAAGUACAGCUUGAUUUCUCGUGGUUGGGUUAAGUGUAAGGAGAUGAACCAUCCUCGCUGCUUGUUCGGAUCUGGCAGUCUUGGUUCAAUUGCUAUUGUUGCUGGUGGAAGUGAUAAAUAUGGAAAUGUUCUUGAAUCAGCAGAGUUGUAUGACUCAAAUUCAGGUACAUGGAAACUAUUGCCAAACAUGCAUACACCACGAAGAUUGUGCUCUGGCUUUUUUAUGGAUGGAAAAUUCUAUGUGAUUGGUGGCAUGUCAAGUCCUACGGUUUCAUUGACUUGUGGGGAGGAGUAUGACCUUAAGACGAGAAACUGGCGGAAAAUAGAGCGUAUGUAUCCAUAUGUUAAUGGGGCUGCUCAGGCACCUCCACUUGUGGCAGUUGUGGAUAACCAGUUGUAUGCGGUUGAGCAUCUAACCAACAUGGUGAGGAAAUAUGACAAGGAAAGGAACACCUGGAGUGAAUUGGGAAGGCUUCCAGUACGUGCCGAUUCUUCUAAUGGAUGGGGCCUGGCUUUCAAGGCUUGUGGAGAGAAACUUCUGGUUGUGAGUGGACAAAGGAGUCCAGAAGGUGAAGCUGUUGUACUGAAUUCAUGGUGUCCUAGGACAGGAGUCAGGAAUGGAACCAUAGAUUGGCAAGUACUUGGUGUGAAGGAGCAUGUUGGGGUGUUUGUGUACAAUUGUGCUGUUAUGGGAUGGUUUGGUGAAGUGCUUUUAGAUUGACUCAGUAGAAGAUUUGCUGGUAUCUACAAUCUGACAUAGCUUUGAGGGGUGCUUCCGUGUUGAUUCAUCUCAUUUACCAAGUUAAUUGUCCCUGGGAUAGCCUUCCCUUGAUGAGAAUUGGGGUUUCUACCUUUGGCAUCUGUAUUUGGAUGUGUUUCUCAUUUUCAUGUUCCAUAAUUUUUAUUUGCUUUUGAGAUUACUUAGUAGGCUUACACAGAUAUGUUCUGUUAUCUUUUUCCUUAUCCAACUAUGUAAACCAAUAAAUCAUAAAGUUUUAUUUUUUUUAAUACUUCAAUCCUUAUUCUUUGCUUUA